AUGCUCUCUAAGUUACAACACUAUCUAUCUUUCUCAUUCUGUUCAUCCAUCUAUAUAUCUGUCUAUCUAUCCUCAUUCUGUUUAACAAUCUAUCUAUUCUCAUUCUAUUUAUCUAUCUUUCUAUCUAUCUCAUUCUGUUCAUCUAUCUAUCUAUUCUCAUUCUAUUUAUCUAUCUAUUUAUUCUCAUUCUUUUCAUCUAUCUAUCUAUCUCAUUCUGUUCAUCCAUCUAUAUAUCUGUCUAUCUAUCCUCAUUCUGUUUAUCUCUCUAUCUAUUCUCAGUCUAUUCAUUUAUCUAUCUACCUAUCUAUCUAUCUCAUUCUGUUCAUCUAUCUAUUCUCAUUCUAUUUAUCUAUCUAUUCUCAUUCUAUUUAUCUAUCUCAUUCUGUUCGUCUAUCUAUCUACUCUCAUUCCGUUUAUCGAUCUAUCUAUUCUCAUUCUAUUCAUCUAUCUUUCUAUCUAUUCUCAUUCUGUUCAUCUAUCUAUUCUCAUUCUUUUCAUCUAUCUAUCUAUUCUCAUUCUCUUAUUUCUCUCUCUCCUAUUUUCUUUUUCACUUUUUCCUAUUUCCUCCGUCCUUUACUACCCGCCUUUCUUCUUCUUCUUCUUCUUCUUCUUCUCUCUCUCUCUCUCUCUCUCUCUCUCUCUCUCUCUCUCUCUCUCUCUCAGACACACACACACACACACAAACAAAACCUCUCUUUUCUUCUGGUCUUUUUCCUUAAUUUUUUUAUUUUCUCUUUCUCUCCGCACAUCUUUAUUCAUUUCUUUUUGGGGUUCUUUAUUUGCCGUCUUUACAAUUUGUCUCUACUUCUCUGUCUCUCCCUUUUUUUUUAUUCUGUCUCACUUUCUCCUUUAUCCGGCUUUCUCUUUCUUUCUUUCUUUCUUCAUUUUUAUUUCCUUCUUUUAUUUAUUCUCAAUCUAGUUCCUACUCUUUCUUUCUUUCUUUCUUUCUUUCUUUCUUUCUCCAUUUAUUUAUUUAUUUAUUUAUUUAUUUAUUAUUUCUUCCUCGUCUCUGUGCCUCUCUCUAUCCUACUUUCUUUUCGCAUUCUAAUUUAUUUUUUUGCUUUAUUUGUCGUCUUUUUCAUGUCCCUUUAUUUUUAUUUCUCUUUCUCUCCCCCUCUCUUCAAUUCUUCUAUCUCUCUUCCACAUCUCUUGGAUUAUUCCUUCUCACUUUCGUUUUCUUUCUCGCUACACCUUCUUUUCUUUUACUUUAUAAUCUGUCUUCUCCAUUUAUUUACAUUUUAUUUUUUCUUUCUUUCUUUCUUUCUUUCUUUCUUUUCUCUUCUUCUUCUUCUCUCUUUUUUUUCAUGGCAUUUUCACUUCCUUGAUUUACUGUCCUCUUUUCCAUAUCUAUCUAUCUAUCUAUCUAUCUAUCUAUCUAUCUAUCUAUCUCUAUUUCCCCCACUUCUAUUAUUAUCCCCCUUCUAUUAUCUUCUUUUGCUCUCUCUCUCUCUCUCUCUCUCUCUUUCUCCCUCCUCUCAUUUAAUUUCAUCAGCUUUCAUUUCCAACCCACACCGCACUCAUCUGAAGUCAACCUUGCAAAUGGCGUUUCCGCGGCUUUUUAUUGUCCGUCUUUUCCAUACGCCCAAACACUCGCCUCGGCGAUGA